UUUGAAGAACUUGGUAAUUUACAUAACUUAGUUAUUCAAAAUAAUUUACUCGUGGAAGUGGAAUACAACUUACUGAAUAAUGCAGCUGAAACAUUAGAAACAAUCGAGUUGGAUAAAUCCAUUGAGAAUAUACAAGUUUUGUAUAAUAUCACGAGAGGAAAGAAACUUUUAAAGGUUCAAUUAUUGUCUCUGCAAGGUAAUAAUAUUCCAAUUUUAUCAAAUGAAAUAUUAAAAGCAUUCCCUAAUGUUGUAUCACUCUAUAUGGAUUCAUCGAAGAUUCAGAGUAUUCAUGAGAAUACAUUCAAGUCAUGUCGACAGAUUAAGCAAAUCUUUAUCGAUAAUAAUAGACUCACAACUCUGACAGAAAGUACUUUUAAUUUUCUAUUGUACUUCAGUCCACAAUUUAAGAUUUCAAUGAUUGGAAAUCCUUGGAACUGUGAAUGUGACCUGAAAUGGAUCCAGGAUAUGCUUCUGAAAGAUCCACAAAUGAUGACAAAAAUUCCAAUUUGUAAAACUCCAAUCAAAAAUAGUGGUGAGUCUUUUUUGACUGCUGAAUUUUGUGAUUAUCAGCUUUCCACAACUCUUGAUGCAUCAACAAAGUUGCAAUCUACUUCAGAAAUUCCUAUUAGCUAUUCAACUGAAUCAUCGAUUGGAAUACUUUGCCAGAAUUCUCUCUCACUAUUACGAAAUGCUCAAAGAAAGUUAUUUUCCAUAUCAGAUUAUGAAUUUCCAUCAAAACAAUCAAUCUUUUUUAUUCAGCAAUUAAAAAAUGGAUCAAUUAUCGUUAAUUUAAGUAAAAAUGACUCUCAAGCAAUUUUAUGGUUCAAAACUUUUAAUAAUGAUAUUGGAGAGAUUAAUUGUUUGAAAAAUAUUAGUGGAACAAUUAUUCUGAAUAACCUUCAAGAUGAUUCAUUGUAUACUAUUUGUUUAUUAGAUAAAUCAAACUUUAAAGUUUCACCAUUUAAUUGCUUAGCUUUCAAGACUUUACCAGCAAAAAAUGCUCGGAUUUGGCUGUCAAAUGGUGAUAAAACAUUCGUUUUAUCGAUUUACACUGUUAUUGCUUUUUUAUUUUGUCUUUUGGGUGGAGGAAGCUGCUUUUACAUUAUAAAAAAGCAUCCAACGUUGUUGAAAGGUAGUAAAAGAGUAAUUCUGGUUAAGCGUGGGCAGGUAAAUGCCUUGGUUCUACCAAAAGGAAUUGAUGAUGAUUUUUUUAAGAGAGCAAAAAAAGAAAAGCCAGGAAAAUUAGAUGAUUUUAAAAUUCCUAGAGUCGAUUAUCUUACACCAGUUAUGAAGAGAAAUCGUUGGUCAAAUGUUUAUGAUUCAAUAGAUAAUAAAAGAUCAAAAAAUGUUGAAUUAAAUUCUAGGGAAAGUGUUACAGAGAAUAUCCCUCCUCCAUUACCACCUCAUCCUUUUCACGGUGUUAUACCUUCUGUUUCAUUGUUAAUGGAUCUAGAGCAUAAAAUACCAGGUGGAUCCAACGAAAUACAAGAUGACACGGAAAUUUAUUCUUGCAUCCAGCCAAAAUAG